GGGGUGGGGGGAGGGGUAAGGAGAAAAUCUUAGGCAGAAUAAUUGCUCCUUUGGGCCGAGUGUUGUGAGACCAGACCACCGGGCACGGUGUGGCUGGGGUGGUAGUGGAGGGAUUAGGGAGUGGAGAUGAGUAGGGCUUUAGCUCUGGAGCAUCUGGGAAGGCUUCGUGGAGGCAAGUCUCAUCCUGACUCUGUGCCUCAUUUACAGCCCUGCGUUUCCCUGCCUUUGCUCUGGGGACGCCCUCCCUGCCCCCCUUAGAAUUGCGAUCCUCUUCUGGACUUGCCUGGAGCACCACCAUUCUGAUUUCCAAUAACAACACCUGGUGUGAUCUCUUGGCUGGAGUGAGGGGAAGAAUCAUGGAUAAAGGCAAUUCAGGAACUUAAGGAAAAGGAGAUCCUGAGGAAAGAGUCAGAUUGUGAAACCAGGACUAAGAACAAAGAAUUGUCUCCAAAACAGGAAAUUUCUGAUGAGAUGGGGUUCUACUGCUCAAUAUUAGAAAGAUCUACGAGGGAUACUUCCCAAAGACCAAAAUUUGAGAAGCUAAUGAACAUGAAGGCAUAUCAAAGGAAAACUAUUGGUCUUCUUCUGCAGGCAAGAGAAUGGGAAAAUUACUUUAUUAGAAGAGAGUUUUCAGAUCAGUGACAAUGAUCCACCAUAUACCCUAUACAAGGGUGACCAGUCAGGAACAUAAUGAAUUUGUGAGAAGCCUUGGUAUGGACUCAGACCCUGUUGGAUAUCUCAGAGUUUCUUCAGGAGUGACAUUGCAGGAAUAUGAUAAAAUAAAUCAGAUAUUCAAACCAAAUUCAGACCCAGUUAAGUACCAGAAAGACCUUAUGGUAGAGAACUCCUGUAAAUCUGGUGGAUAUCAGAAAACAUUCAGGCAAAGCUCCACUCUCAGUGAACUACAGGGAAUUCAUACUGUAGAGGAUACCUGUCAGAAGUCUACAACCACUGAUCAUCAGAGAAUUCACUCUACAGAGAAACCCUAUGAAUGCUGUGAAUGUGGUAAACACUAUGCCAGAAAGUCUUUGCUUAAUAGACAUAAACAAAUUCAUACUGGAGAAAACCUUUAUGAAUGUACUGAAUGUGGGAAAACCUUCAGUCAAAGCUACAACCUCAUUAGACAUCAGAGAAUUCAUACAGGAGAGAAACCUUAUGAGUGUAACGAAUGUGAGAAAGCCUUCAGUGAGAGUUCAAGGCUCAUUAAACACCAGAGAAUUCACACGGGAGAAAAACCUUAUGAAUGUAAAGAAUGUGGGAAAACCUUCAAUGAUCCCUCAAACUUUAUUCAACACCAGAGAGUUCAUACCGGAGAGAAACCCUAUGCAUGUAAUGCAUGUGGGAAAGCUUUUAGUGAUGCCUCAAAUCUUAUUCAACAUCAAAAAAUUCACACUGGAGAGAAACCCUAUGAGUGUAAUGAAUGUGAGAAAGCCUUCAGUGAGAGUUCAAGGCUCAUUAAACACCAGAGAAUUCACACAGGAGAAAAACCCUAUAAAUGUAAUGAAUGUGGGAAAACGUUCAAUGAUCCAUCAAACUUUAUUCAGCAUCAGAGAGUUCAUACUGGAGAGAAACCCUAUGCAUGUAAUACGUGUGGAAAAACCUUUAGUGAUGCCUCAAAUCUUAUUCAACAUCAAAAAAUUCACACUGGAGAGAAACCCUAUGAAUGUGGUGAAUGUGGAAAAGCUUUCAUUCUGAAUUCAUCCCUCAUCAGACACCAGAGAGUUCACACUGGAGAAAAACCAUAUAGAUGUAAUGAAUGUGGGAAAGCUUUCAGUCAGGGUUCAAGCCUUAAUAAACAUCAGAGAAUACAUACAGGUGAAAGACCCUACAAAUGUAAUGAAUGUGGGAAAACUUUCAUCCAGAGUUCAGGCCUCAUUCGCCACCAGAGAAGUCACACAGGAGAAAAACCAUAUGAGUGUAAUGAAUGUGGGAAAUCCUUCAGCCAGAAUUCAGUCCUCAUUAGACAUCAGCGAAUUCAUGCAUCAAAAAACAAGGAGUCCACAAAAUGGAAUGGUUUACCUUGGGAGGCAAAGUACAGGGGGGAAUAGAUGGAUUUGGAGUUUGUUUCCACUAUGAUUUCAUACUGGAGGAAAUACAUGUGAAUGCAGAGGAUAUGGGGACAUCAUCAUUUUCAGGAAACAUGGAAUACCUUCUUUUGUAUAGAAGUUAAGAAAGCCUUCAUUUAUGGAGUUCCUACACCAGGAAACUCACUGAGAUUCUGAAGUUGUUUCUGGAAAGCCAUUCAGUAAAUGGAAUCUCUUAUUCAGAUCUCAAAAUUAACACUUGAGUCACUAUGUAAAUGAAGUAUGCUCAAGUCUUUAUAAUAUAAAGUACUUUAUCCAGUUUUAUUAGGCAUCAAAUAGUUAUUCUGGAAAGACAACUUAUGGUAAAUCUUCCAAGUAGUGAAUUUUAUUUAGCAAUUUACACUUAGUGGCUGUUGUUUGCCUCCUAGAAUAUUGCAUAUAUUGCCUGCCAGUAGGUGGAAGUAUGGUACCCUUCACAUGAACUAUAGAACAAAUGUCUUGACUUUCAAAGUCUGGCUCUAUUCCAACUCCCACAGAUAUCAUAAAUUUUCAUUCUAUUAUGCAUUUUAAAAAUCAUUCAAGUUAUGAAGCCUUAACCAGACAAUAUACUUUGAUAUUUUAGAGUAAACAUUUUAAGCUCCAAACCCUGAGAUGUAAUUGAAUAUAUUUCUUCAUUCUAUCUCUGUUGUAAUUUUUAGACUUCUUCCUCUUUUUUUUUUUAAUCUCUGUACUUAUAUGCAGAAAAAAUAUUUUACUCAUUUCAUUCUCAUGAUGUCUAGAGGCAGCUAGGUACAGUACAUUUAAAUGCUGGAUCUGGAGUCAAGAAGACCUGAGUUCAAAUCCAGCUUCAGGCAUUUUCUAACUGGGAGAUCCUAAGCAAGUCACUUCUGCCUCAAUGACAGCCUGUCUGUAAAAUGAAAAUAAUAAUUAUACCUACCUCCCAGAAUUGUUGUGAAGAUGUAAUAUUUGUAAAGUGCUUUGUAAACAUUGAAGUGCUAUAGAAAUACUAGCUAUUAUUAUUGCUGAAUUGGUAUGGAUCUGGAAGAAAAUCUUUAAUAACAUCAAUUAACAAGCAUUUAUUAAGCACCUACUAUGUGCCAGAUACUCUGAAGAGGCACAGAGGGUAUAAAGAAACAGUCUGUGCCUGUAAAGGUACUUUCUAUUGGGAAGUGCAUAAAUAAGUAUAAACAAAGUACAAGGGAAUUUGAGGAAAGUCCAUAGAGUUGGAGGGGGGUGGGUAUUAGGAGAGAUUUUAUGUAAAAGCUAGAGCUGACUCUUGAAGGAAACAAAUGAUUUCUAAGAGGAGAAGAAAGGAGGGAGUAAAUUCCAGACAUAAGGUCAGCCCAGGAAGACGGCAUUGAGAUGGGAGAUAGGGCAUCGUGCAUAAAGAACAGCAAAGCCAAUUUGGCUGGACCAUAGCAUGCAAGAAAGGGAGUGAAGCAUAAUAGGGCUAGAAAGGUAUAUUGGAGUUGGACUAUGAAAAGCUUUAGGUGACAAAUGUGAGUCCUAUUUAAUUCUAGAGACAAUUUUGGAGCCAUUGGAAUGUAUUAAUGGAGAAGGGGAGUGAAAAGGGUUAGAUUGAUACUUUAGGGAAAUUACUUUGCAGCUGUGUGGAGAAUGAAUUAGAGAGAGAAGGGACUUGAUACAGAAAAACCAAUUAGAAAAUUUUUGCAGUGGUUCAAGUAAAUGGUGAUGAAGGCCUAAAGAAGGGGUGAGUAGAAAUAAGGGAUUAUUAUGAGCUCCUUUGAAGGUAGAAUUGAAAAAAGAAAUAGCAACUAAAGGGAUGGAGGAUGCCUCAGGAUCUGGUUCUUGUCCUGCUGUGGUCAAUCAAGAAACAUUUAAUAAAUGCUAUAUGCCAGGUUCGAUGCUGAGAAUAAACAAAAAGGAACAUUCUCCAUCUUAAAGGAGGGAACAACAUGUUUAUGGAAAAUUAAAACAUGCCAAGUAGUUUAAAAUAAUUUUGAAGGGAGGAUAUAAGCAACUGGAGAAGAUUAGAACAGAGUUUCUCUAGUAGUUGGUGCUGGAGUUAAGUCUUGAAGGAAUUCUGUGGCAUGAAGGGAAAGAAAAACUAUUUCAUGUUUAAUUUUUGUUCCAAAUCCCAUUAGUAUGGGUUUGUCCUUAUUGGUGGAGGUGAAGACCCUGCCCUCUAUGAGAGAUAAGAAGAGUUGGUGUGAGGUAAGAGAACCUAUCUUUCUUAGUUCCCUUUGGGGGCCUCUCCUCUUCAGAGCCCUCCAAGCUUAAAAUCUUCUUUGGGACUCCAAGUGUCUAGUCACUUUAGGUGCUUCUGGUUUUCAGUUUCAAAAUGGAAGAUGGCAGAGACCAUUUCAAGUUGCUAAAGGAAAAGACUCUGGAAGAGCAUAAGAGAAGCUGGCAACCUUCAUCAUAUCUCUAUUCACAGUUGCUACACUAGAGACUUUGGGGAGUUUUCACCUUAGGGAAAUCUAGGACAUUCUUUUGGUUCAGCUGAGUGAUCUCUUAAGUGAAAGCCCCUUUAUUUUUAAAUAUUGUCUGGUAUGUAUUCUCCUAUGCGUACUUUCCCUGAUUUCUUUUUUAUUUUAAUUUUUUUUUUUUACAAUUAGGAUAAAUUAGGUUUUUUUUUUUUUUUUUUGGCCAUUCACUAUGGAUGUUCAUUGUAAAACGUGUAUUUAACAGCAAAGUGAUCAGGCUUUAGAUAUAGAGCUUAGUGUUUUCCUUUCCCUCCAAAAUGGCAAAACAAUCUGAUUUCAAACCUGAUCCCCUAGAUAAACAGUUUGUAAGGGAGCAGACAGAUGAACUUUUGCCCUGCUACCCCUUCUGUCUUUAUGGAGAGGCGAGUGGCCUCAUACCCAAACUUGUUGCUUCUCCUGGCAGAGAACAAAAAUCUCCCAUGGAGAAGAGUUGGGGGAAAAGAGGCUAGAAAUGUCUGUUUUGCCUUCCAUUGGGUUUCUGCUGAUUCCUAAUCUUGCAUUUCUGACUACCUACCAGAUAUCUUGAACUAGAUGUUUUAUAGAAAUUUUAAACUCAAUAUAUCCCAAACUGAACUGAUUAUUCCUUCCCUCUUCCCAAUCUUCAUUAUUGUUGAAAGUAUCAACAUUCUCCCAGUCAUCCAAGCUUGUAACUUGUCAUUUUCAAAUCCUUACUUUUUCCCAACAUCUUUUGCAUAUGCUUCCUUCUCUGAUCUUGCCACUAUCCUGGUAUGACUCAUUUCCUCAUGCCUGGACUGUUGUAAUAGCUUACUGGUUGGUCUUUUCCCAACUCUAGUUCAACCUUCACUCAGGUGUCCCAAUUGUUUUCCAAUCACGUUGUCUCCUUAUUCAAAAAUAGCCAAAGGUUUCCCAUCUUCAGGAUCAAAUAUAAAAUCCUGUUAUUCAGAACCUUUUAAAAUCUUAUCUUUCCACUUCCCUUUUCAAUUUAAUUAUACUUUACAUUACCUCUCUCUCCUCCCCUACUCCCAGUGUAUUCUUUGAUCCAGUAAAACUGAUCUUUCUGGUCCUUGAAAAAGGAUACUUUAUUGACUUUUUAUUGACUAUCCUCAGUAUGUGGAAUACUUUUCAUCCUGGCUUCUUCGGCUUCCUUUAGCCUCAGCUAAAAUUUUCCAUUCAGGAACCCUUUAUCAAUUCCUCUUAAUUCUAGUGUCUUUUGAUUAUUUCCUAUUUAUCCUGUAGAUGGCUUUUUUGUACAUAGUUGUCAACAUGUUUUCCCUGUUAAUUUAUGAAUUCCUCAAGGACAGAACAGUCUUUUCCUUUAUGUCUCUGGUGUUUAGCACAACAUCUAACACAUCUGACACAUUUCCCUGUGAGACAUGUGCUAUGAUUAUUCCCAUUUUAGAGAUGAGCAAACUGAGGAUCAGAGGUCACAUACCUGGUAAGGAUAUGACUUCCUGACUUCAGAUCUAUCCUAUCCACUUUAUUGGGUUCCCUAUAAGAUGGAGAAUGGGAAAAGAAUGCUUCAUAUCAACAUUAUUGCAGUUUUUUUCCAUUGCCCAGGGAGAAGUUUAGUUCACCCCCAAUCUUCUUAAAGAUGGAUGCCUAGAUCUUUUAUUGAGAUCUACAAAAGAAUUUCUGACUGAGUAAUGAUUGCCAUGACCUCUCAUUCUUAUGUGAACCAUUUACAGGAUUCUUUGUGGACCAAGCUAGGACUAUCAGCUGUCUAGCUUCUAACUUCUCCUUGGUAAUUAUAACUAUUGAUACAGCAGUAGUUAACAAGUAGGGGUGAAAAUCAUACUUUCCAUGGAAUUAUGUGUUGCAGAGAGACAAGUUGAAUGGGUAAUUGUGUGUAAUUUUGUUGUGGAUUAUCUAAUCCACAUUAAGUUUUCAUAAUGCUGAUGAAAUAUUUGGAUUGCUUUUUUGAAAAAGGAGUUAAACAUUGUGCUUUUGACUGACAAAGGAAUAUGUCACAGAGAAGUGUAUCUUCUGGAGGAGAGCAAAUGUCAUGGAAAAAACAUGCAAAAGAUUUGCAAACAGUAACCAGAAGUUGAAUGAGAAGGUCAUAACGACACUAGAUAUCUCCCUAAAGAACAGGAAAGUGAAUUCAGCAGAAGUAUUGAGUCAUAGCUGCUAUGAAGUAGAUUAUUUUCGAUUGUAUUGAUGGCUACUGAUAUGAGGGAAAAUAAGUUAGUGAUAGAAUCCAAGGUUCAAGGUUUUAAUGAUAUGAAGACUAUUAAAAAUGGUUGUAGUAAUUCUACUGGCUUUCUGAGGGAGUAUUUGGCACAGGUACAUUUAAUUACAUGAUCUUAGUUAACAUUUUCCAACUUAUGACUACCAGAAAUCUCAGAUGAUCCCCAUGUAGUGUCUGGAUUAAGAUAUGACACGGAGCAAUUCCCAACAAGUCUCUCCAGGAAAGUCAGAUAUUCAGAUGUAAAACCACACUGGAAACUUGCUCUGGGUGUAUGGAUCAUAGCAAUUCACAUGGUAGUCAGCUAAGUCUAUGUGUAUGCAGAUUGUAGAAAGAAUCAAUUCUAGGACAUCUGGAUAGGACUGUACCACUGUUUAGUAGUAAGAAUGAUUAGGAGAACUGUCUUAUAUGACAACUUACUGACUCAUUGAUUUUCCCAAGUGUUGUAGAUAUUGGUGAAAGUAAAAUAAAAAUUGUGUUUGCUGGGUCUACUGGUUGAAUGUAUAGGUAGUUUAUAAUGCAUCCAGUUUUUGUGCUUGGAUGCUAAUGGAGUGCAAAGUACCUUUUGAAUCUUCUAAAAUGUUAAGUGCAAAUUUGGCUGCAAAGCAUUUCUUUCCUCUGAGGGAACCAAUAUCUAUCCACUAGAGUUUUUUCCUAGCUUCUCUCUUCUCCUGUUCCCCAAUGAAGUUAAUUUUCCCUAACAGACAAUAAUAUGGACUUGAUUGAUCCAGAGUGAAAUAAGUUAUACAGAAGACAACUUCUGAUUGUAUUGAUAUAACUUCCUGGUUACCUAAGGGGAUAAAAAUUUCCAUUAUCAUAGGGUCAAUACCUAUCAGGCCUUCUAGAUGCUGAACCUGCUAACCAUAUACAUGUCCAUAUAGAGACAGCAGGAGCCUUGUCUACUGAAGCUAAGUGCUUUUGUAGCUUUGUACAAUAUCUUUGCUAUGUUAGGGCUAAGGAUACAUUUUGUCAACUAUUCAAUGAUUUAUGAAUGCUCCUUUUUGUUCCAAUAUAAAAUCUGAAACUAAUAAAGUGACAGUCAUGCUGCUCCUCCUAAAAUCCUCAUUGUAUAAGUAAGUCCAGACUACUGGAGUUAAUUUUUGAGAUGAGUUUGUAGAGAGCUUUGUAUUGGAAGAGAUUUUCCUGGGAAAGGAAUAUUAUGACAUCACAGGCACAAGUCUUCCUUACAAAAGGCUAGUAAAAAUCUAGGUGCAGACCUAGGCAAGUAUAAAAUGAAAUAGUUGUUGAAAGUGGCUUUGGCCUCUUUUAUGCAGUGAAAUAUUUGUGUAUAUCUAAAUGGUUUCAUUAAGACCAUAGGAAUGCUUAAAAUAUUCUAAUUUCUCGACAGUAGCAGGAAUUGGCUGCAGGACAGUCUCCUCUUCUGUCACUUACCAUGUAUUUUUGUCUCUUUGUCACUUGUAUUAACUGGUCACAGUUCAAAUCUCUUCUGACAAAUCCUAACCAUAUCUAUCUUAUCCUUCCCCCCCCCCCCCAUGCUGACCCUAGUGUUCCUCCUAUCUCCCACCCUUUUUUUUCUUUUCUAAGCAAACCCCCCAGCUCCUUUAGCCAAUCCUCAUAAUAGCAAUUUCAAGUCUCCCCUGCCCCCCUUUUUUAAUAACACUUCAUAGGAAAAAUUGAAGAGCUUCAUAAGAACUCUGCAUGCAAGUUGGUUUUUGUAAAAAAACUGAAGCUCUGAUCCAUUGGAGAAUAUACUCAGCUUGCUGGGGACAAGGAAGCUGGGACCUAGGAGAUGGUGGUAUAGCCAGAUCAUUGGGGAGGUAGCAACAUUUCCACUUAUAUGCUUGAGAAUCUCAAUAUUGAAUUAAGAGUUUUGUAUUUACAAUCAGGUAUGGGUGGGAGAGGAAAAUGUUGACUACAGUAGGUAAAGUAUAAUCUGGAUAACCUGGAACUCCAAUUAGGUAUUGAAUUGUUCUAAGACAGUCUACCUUGCUGUUAACAUGAAUAUUUAAUAAGAAACGACAGUUUCCAAGAUCAAAUUCGAGUUUGCUUAAACUCUGAGCUCAUAGGGCUUGGUUUCAUUCCAUAUUCGUGUUCUUGUUGCUUUUGUAAUUUGUCUUUGCAAGAAAACAAAAUUGUGGAACCUGCUGGGCAUUUGUACAUUGUAAAGAGACUACUGGCCAAAAAAAAAACAAAACCAAACUAAAACUGAAAGAAUGACUAAUAUCCAGAACUGACUGUUGUUAUGGAAACACUUGUGACCCAAAAGGAUCACACUUAAUCACUGUGGUGCUAGCUUAGGUGCUAGCUAGUAAAAUCAGUAUAAUGUUGUAGGUGGAACUGAGAAGUUUAGCCCUGGAGGAGGACAGGCUGGAGAACAAGCUGCCUAUGCGGGAGAUAGAAACCAACUCUGUUUAUUCCAUAGCUAAUUCAGCUUUACAUAGAGCAUGAAAUAAUACAUACUUGGACCUUGUCCUGUGGGAAUCAAGUCAGCACCUCUCUGCCUCAUUUCCUCAGUGGUUUUGCACAUUGUGGAAGGGUCUCAUGGAGAAUAUGCUGAGCCCUGAGCCUGCUUCUCACAACAACAGAAAGUUGUAAGCUCUGACCUGGACUCAUGGCUUAGACACUGUUCAAGUCUUCUACAGGAUAAUAUAAAUUCAACCAAAUAUGAAUGAACCUUAAGUACUUAUGAUACACCUGAGGAUGUUGUAUUUUUCAGGCUAGCUGGAGUGUCCAAACUAUGACUAUGUAGAUCUCUAGCAUAUAUGCCAUGUGAAAAAAGUAAGGUGAGCUCAUGUGAAACACUGAAACAGAGCCUCCUAGGUUCCUGUUUACCUCCUCAACAUGCUGCUUCUGAAACACUAGUAAAGGGAAAGAUGGGAUGAGUUCUUGUGAUUCUAGACCUCAAGAUACUCUGAUACAUGUUCAUAUCCUGUAAUCAGCAGAUUGCAAGCCUUGGUAUGUGGAAAACACCUUUAGAACCGUUCUAUUAGUGUAAAAGCAGAUAUGUAAUAUUAAUAGCCUGGAAGUCUAUGCUGCAUGCACUGAGCAGUGACUUAUAGUUAUUUGUGAAUGAGAGUAUAAAGGAGUCAGAAACUCCUUGACUUUGAUCAAUUAUAACCAACUUUGAAGUGGCAGUGACCCUAGCUGUCAGAAUUCUAAUUAUGGAAACUUCCACUGUGGAUGCCUCUUCACUUCUGUCCAUGUAUCCAGGGGGAUAUAUAUAUAUAUAAAAGCCUGUAGCUUAAAACAAUAAAAUGAAAAUUACACCUUCACUUUGGAGUUUUUUCCCAAGUUCAGUAGUGGUUGGUAUUUUAAAUAUACUAUCUUACCCAAAGAAACAACAACAAUUGUCUAUAUUUUAUAGUGCUUUAAGGUUUGUAAAGCACUUACUUUAUCUCAUUUGAUCCUCACAACAACCCUGUGAGGUAGGCAUUACAAGUAUUAUUGCCAUUUUACAGAUGAAAAACAGACUUAGAGCAGUUAAGUGAAUUUUCCAUGGCAAAGCCACACAGUUAUGGCCAAAGGUGGGACUCAAAGCCAAGUUUACUGACUCCAAAUUCAGCACUCUGUCCAUUAAGCCAUUUGCUCCUCAAUCUGUUGUUGACUACAUGGAGGAUAUCUGGAUUAAACGUAGAAUUACUUAGGUUGUUGCCCUCUAGUAUUUACAAUAUAUGGAAUGGAUUGGAAAAAAAAAAAAAGCCCAAGUACUGUUUGUUGAUAAGGAGAUCAGCACUAUGGAUUUCAACAGCUGUAAUUACCAUUUAAGACUAUGGAAGAUCAUUGCUGCCUACAAGAAACCCUGGUCAGUAAAUUCUGGCGAAAGCAUCCCUAAAUGGCUCAUGCCCAUGGUCCAAGGUAUAAUAAAAUUUUGUGGAGAGUGUAAAGAAGAUGGUAUAUAGCUGAAACCUGAAUAGAAAUGCCUAUGGUUACUUGCAUGCAUUUGCUUAGAACACUGCAUAAUGAUAUUGAGGGUGGAUUAAUCUUGUAUAACUUUAUUUUAAUGUUAAGGAAAAUAAAGUGCAAUAGAGUUCA